GGCUGGCUUGUUUUCACCACACUGAGUCUUCGUAUGUUGGCAAAUGGACACUGUUUGUGGCUAACUUUGGCCUGUUUUAGUGACAGGAGUCUAGCUAGCUUAAUGUGCUAUAAGUGUUAACUCGUUUACUAAACAUACAGCUUUGUAAACUAAGACGUUAAGUUUGUUUUUGGGUAAUAUUAGCUAACUAACUAGCCAGUGUCUACAUCUACACACACUACGUUUAGGUUUACAGGUGAUAAAUGCCUCAGUGUUAAAUGUUUUCCUGAAUGUUGAGGAAACGUUCUGGGUAACACACUUUGCCGCGGAUGGAUAUGCUUUUAAGCUAACUAGCUCGAGUUCGCUAUUAAGCACACUCCUGGCCUUGUUAUAUUUUGUUGACUACUUUUAAAGUUCACGAACUUAUCAGUACCAGUUCCCUUGUUGUGUUUUAUGUGUUUCGUGGUCUUCUAGUUAUAUUUAGGGUGCUAGUUUAAUGCUACGUCGCUAGUUAGAGGAACUUUCCCCGCCGUGUGUUGAAUAGUUUGUUAGCAGUCCACUGACCCAUUAUUUUGGAUUAGGAGAGCUAGCCAUGUUUAGCUGCGUACUUAUAUUUUCUGAUGGAUUAAAGUGCAUAUCGUGCACACAGAGACUUGCGUAAAGUGGUAAAUAGUGGUGUUGUAUAAAUUUAAAUGUCCACCCUGAGUAAAGGUCCAUUUUCAGAAUAAUAAAUAAACUCAAAAUAAAGGAGCAGCCAACUGACUCCUUGGGAUAUUGCUCUCUCUCUCUCUCUCUCUCUCAUAAUUAAGCUAAUGUUGACAGCUUGCAUUAGUGUAUUGGGCUGGUAUGUAAUCUUAUGAAACAGCUAGCUAACAUAACUAGGUAGUUCUUCCAGGAUUUUUCUUAUUACCGCGGGCUGUAUUUUUAUUGUUGUUUUGAGCUACAGUGAGGAGCACAUUUGCAUGCGCACGUUGCAGGCACUACAGCUUAUUUACAUUGCCUGGCUGAGAUCACAUCUCUUCGUACAGGGCUGUACUGUAAUCAGGUCUCUUUUUUAAAGCAUUUAUUUUUGGAAUAGAAAUAUUUAAACACAUUUAAAAGACUGCAGUUUCUCUCUCUUGGUUUCUCUACACACCCUCUUAAGGCACAAAUUAUGUUUAAUAUAUACAGUAGCUUUCAAAAGCAUUGACAAGAAAUUCACCAUCUGUGAUCAACAGGGUUGUGGUAAUGUAGGUUGAAAUAAAGUGUUGGAGCUAGAGACCAAAAAAAAAAAAAAACGUUUUAAACGUCUAACCAGUGCAGUUUCCCUUCAGUUUCCUUUACUCAACUGUGUGUUGUCAUAGGAGGAAACACAUGUAAAUCAAGGGAUGUGGGGGAACAACGAUUUUUAACGGUACUGGCAAUAAGAGUGAUUUUUUUUUUUUUUUUUUUAAGUUUUAUGUGGCCUCAAUAACCUCAUGGUAUAACUGUACUUUUCAUGGUUUAUUUAUUUAGAUGUACAAGCAGUCAUCAUGUCUCUUGACUCAAAAGCCUAAAUCCAACCCACAAAUAAAUUACUUAAGGAUUAAAACACAAUCUAGCGUUGCGUCUGGCUGUAUCACACCACUCUGUCGUGGAUUAUUUUCUCAUAACAGCACCUCAGCGAUUUGUCAAUGAUUACAAUUUUUAAUUUAUUAAUGAACAACACGUCCUGCUUUUAAUCCAUUUAUUUUCCUUAUCCUUAGAUUAUGAAGAUCAUCUGCCAUACAAGUCUUUCUGAAUGAGUUGUUACUAUAGAAAUGAUAAGGUACUAGAAGGAGCACGUUAAAUAUAUACCUUUGAUUUGAAUUACAACCAUGACUAUUGUCAGAGCUGCUGUUAAAGGAAAUUAAUCAACACCUUAACCUGAUCUGUUAAGAAUCAAGAAUUCAGCAGUGUAAAUUUGUUUAAACUCAGAGUAACAGCAAGUAAUUAGGGAGUGUAAAUUUGUAUAAGGUUAUGUUUUUGUUAAAUUUGUCAUUAUAUUAUUAGCUUUGAAAUAAUAUAAAUGUUUUGUGUUAAUAACUACAACUUAACAAUCUGUAUUAAGGACAACUAACGGCAUUUCAGAUGAAAGUUGAGACAUUCUAGACAAACAAAGAAUAUCAAAUAGGAAUAAUGUAGAAAGUGUAAUGUCAAGUCAAGUGGAGUUUAUUGUCAUUUCAACCAUAUACAGCCAGUUAGUACACAGUGAAUCGAAAUGUUUCUCCAGGACCAAGGUGCUACAUAAGACAAACACAGAACUACAAGGGACUACUGAAUUUACAUAAAGUGCACAAGUGCAAACAUGUGCAGACAGCACAAGACAGUACAAUGACUACUGGGAUAGACAAUGGGCACAGUAAGUCCCAGUGCAGCGCCGACCAGUACACAGUUCUAUUAGAAAGUGAAUCCAGUGACAAUAGUGCAAAGAGUACAAUAUAAGUUGCUGAAAUAGUGUAAACAUAAGAAGUAGCACUAUUAGAAAGUGAAUCCAGUGACGAUAGUGCAAAGAGUACAAUAUAAAUUGCUGAAAUAGUGUAAACAUAAGAAGUAGCACUAUUAGAAAGUGAAUCCAGUGACGAUAGUGCAAAGAGUACAAUAUAAGUCGCUGAUGUACAUUCCUAAGUUGCUAAUGUACAUUCCUAAUAAGAAAUUCAUAAGAAUAUUGUAAGCUGCUCAUUUCCAACCUAUCCUACACUCACACUUUUUUUUACGUUUCCGUUUCAUUCUUUACUUUCAGCUUUUGCGUUGCACGCAGAUUUGUCGGAACUAACUAGCAGCAGCUUUGUUUCAGCCCGGAGUGGUUAUGAACCGUCACAGGAAGCGGGCCACUCGGAAGUUGUGUUUUCUUUGUGUAUCUCCGUUUAGUGUUGUUUUAUAUGGAGGAAGUAGCAUUACGUGUUAAUUAUGUACGCAUUUUAAAUGUUUUAUUGCUUUGGCGUUACGCUUAGCGACCAUAUCCCAAUGCAUUUGUUGCUUUAUAUUUCUGGGUUGAUGAGCGGUGACCGGAUUUUUGUGCAGAGAGUUUGUUAACCCCGGUUAGCAAGCUAGCGAUCGAGCUAAGCUAAACUAGCUACAUGUCCUGUAAUCUGUAGCUAACUGGCGGAUAAAACGAAUUUAGGACCAAACACACACAGAUCAUUAGCUUUUAUUUGUAGCUGACCGUCGCUCCUCCUUGUUAACUAAGAGAAUGAGCUGAGAACACGAAUGCGAUUUAAUGGUCUCUUUUAGGGAGAUCAUCUUCGGGAGAAGGAAUGGACGAGCAGAAGUCAAACUGCGAAGAAAAUGAUUCAGAAAAAGCAGCUGAUGACAGUGCCUCUUCAAAAGAGACCGUCCCGUCUCAGGGGGAAUCAGAAGCCCCUUUUGCUGCAGAGGACAUCUCAGGCACUACUGUGGACCCUUCCAAUGCACCAGCGGAGAUUGUCAGAGCCUGUGCGCUUUGCAACUGUGUUGAGAGAAGUCUUCAUGGACAGAGGGAGCUCCGGUGUUUCGGGCCCUCUUCCCAUUGGCCCAAUCUGGAGCCGUCUACCUCCUCACUGCCAUUAGCUGGAAAUGAUGACCUGUCUUCCAUUGGCUUCUCUGAACCCAUCAGUCCUGUGUCUUUCUUUGACGACAAAGGGAGCUGUUGGGUUCACCACUGGUGUGCAGUAUGGUCAGAAGGGGUGCAAAGGGGCGAGGGAGAAGAGCUGAUAAAUGUGGAUAAAGCGGUCAUCUCAGGGAUACAGCAGCCGUGUGAUUAUUGUAAAAGGAUGGGUGCGACCAUCAGGUGCCGUGCUGCGGGUUGCUCACGGUCCUACCACUUCCCUUGUUCGGCUGCAAGUGGAUCGUUUCAGUCCAUGAAGCAGUUGGCUCUUCUGUGUCCUGAGCACAUAGACCAGGCAGAAGAGAUGGCUGGAGAGGAGGCGCGCUGUGUGGUAUGUGACUCUGCAGGAGAGCUGUCAGGGUUAGUGUACUGCACAGGCUGUGGGCAACACUACCAUGAUGCCUGUCUUGAGAUCAGCGCCACACCGCUCCAGCGCUCUGGCUGGCAAUGCCCAGAGUGUAAGGUGUGCCAAACCUGCAGGCAACCGGGGGAAGACAGCAAGAUGCUGGUCUGUGAUGCAUGCGACAAGGGCUAUCACACAUUUUGUCUGCAGCCAGCCAUGGAUUCUGUACCCCCUGACUCUUGGAAGUGCAAAAGGUGUCGUGUGUGUAAUGACUGUGGGGCUCGAGGACUUACUCUCCCUGGCUCUGAGCAGUGGUUUGAGAGCUAUUCACUCUGUGAAAGCUGUCAGCGACGGCGCAUGUCUGUCUGUGGGGUUUGCAGUAAGGUCACUGAGUCAUCUGUCACACUACAACACCGCUGUUCCAUCUGUCACAGGUGGGUACACAGUGAGUGUGCCUCAGUCUCAGAACCUCCAGAUGAAAAAUGCAUCUGCAUUAUCUGCAGAGAAACACAGACUGUUGUCCCCGAGACAGAACAGUCAUCUACACAAGUAGAUGAAAAAACAGAUCCAGAGGAGCCCAUGGAGUUGGAAACAGAAGCUGAGGUUGUUGAAAUGGACGAAGUUCACAAGAGCAUUACAGAAGAGGGAUCACGGCAAGAGAAGAUUGUGGUUUCUACAGAUCCACACUUAGAUGGUCAAGACUCUACUGAGGAGCAGACCCCUGUGGCCAGGGUUUCGGGUGUAGGUGAUGACAGCGGAGUCACACAAGGCUGCAGUGAAUCUGUUGCUGAUGGUGCUGUUAGUAUGGAGGAUAAACCUAAAGCUCAGGCCACAGUGGACAGCCUUGCUAACCUUGUCACCGACACCAUGCUGGAAGCUGAACCUAAAGUAGCAGAGCCUCACGCAGAUGUUCAGCUACAAGAGGAAGUCAGCAGACAGGAGGGAAAGGAAUCGAGCAGUAAUAUGGAUGUUAGAGUAACGGAACCUUCUCCAGUCUCUUCCUCAUCACCUGCUCCUCAGAUCCCUCUUCCUGCUGUUUUAGAUGAGGCUGAGGCUGAGCCUGAUGCCAUGGACAUCUCGGAGGCAGGGUCAGAGGUGCAGACUGCGGAAGUGUCAGACAGGACUUCUCCACCUGUUCCUCAGGUGGAACCCUCUGCCUCAGACACAGAUGACCGAGCGGGUCAGUCAGAGGACGACGAAGAGGAGGAAGAGCUGUUAGAGGAGGGGCACUGUAAGGAUGAGAGUCAAGCUGAAGAUGUUCCAAAGCAGGAUGUUGAUGCUCAAGAAACGAGCAUUAAGCCAGAACUGCUCCUGGAUGAGAUGUCAAACUUGAGCCACGGUGAUGAGAGCAGCAGUGGCUUCCUAGGCUCACCAGCAGAGGUGGACUCCCAGAUGCUGUCCAUGGACCUUAGUGUAGUGCCAGCAGGCAGGGCGCGCUCCGAUUCCUUGCUCACCGAGAGUGAUGAGUUUUUGUCCUUUGACCCUCUUAAGUCUGAUGGAGAGAAGUUAAAGCGGCGAGGAUCUCCAGGUCGCUCCAGAGUGAAACAGCAGGGAAGGGGUGGUGGUUUCCCAGGGAAGAGGCGGCCGCGAGGUGGAGGAACUGGAAGAGGACGAGGGCGAUCCCGGCUCAAAGCUAUGGCCUCUUGCAUUGAUGCUUUCUUACAAACCAUGAAUGCAGACACUGGACUGAACAAAGAGGAUGAGGAGGAGGAGGAUGACACGAUGCAGAAUACAGUGGUGCUCUUCUCCAACACCGAUAAAUUUGUUCUUUUGCAGGACAUGUGUGUGGUAUGUGGCAGUUUUGGGCGAGGUGUAGAGGGCCAGCUGCUAGCUUGUGCUCAGUGCUCCCAGUGUUACCAUCCAUACUGUGUAAACAGCAAGAUCACUAAGAUGAUGCUAAGAAAAGGCUGGCGUUGUCUUGAGUGUAUUGUUUGUGAGGUGUGUGGGAAGGCCUCUGAUCCUUCACGGUUGCUGCUGUGUGAUGACUGUGAUGUCAGCUAUCACACCUACUGCUUGGAUCCACCGCUGCACACAGUGCCAAAGGGAGGCUGGAAGUGCAAAUGGUGUGUGUGCUGCAUGCACUGUGGGGCUAGCUCACCAGGGUUUCACUGCGAGUGGCAGAAUAACUAUAACCACUGUGGCCCUUGUGCCAGUCUGGUCACAUGCCCUGUAUGUCAUGAGAACUUCAUGGAAGAAGAACUGCUUCUGCAGUGCCGGCACUGUGACAGAUGGGUACAUGCAGUGUGUGAGAGUCUUUAUACUGAGGACGAGGUUGAACAAGCAUCUGAUGAGGGCUUUGCAUGUACAGCUUGUACUCCAUAUGUUCCCAGACCUGUUGUGGAGUCCCCAAUGAUGUCAGCAUUCAAAAUAAAGGAACCUGAGCCACAGUUCUACCGCCUGGAAGGUGUCUGGCUUACGGAGACAGGAAUGUCUUUAUUGCGCAGUAUUUCCAUGUCACCCCUGCAUAAGCGCAGACAGAGACGUUCCCGUCUGGGUACCAUCUGUAUUGAUGGAGCUCCUGAUGGCCUGGAGCUGAAAGAGGGUGAUGGUGAUGGAGAGGAGGGGAAAGGCUGUGCUGAGUCAAUGGAGUGUGACUCUAAACUGGAAGCUCCUGGCAGCCCAGAUCGUGAUGGUGGUAUGGACAAGGAGCCAGGGGCAGAUGGAGGCAUAGAGGGGACAGCUGACUGUGACGUUCUUAAAGGAGCAGAUGAAACAGAUGAAGGAAAGAAGAGGAAGCGUAAACCAUACAGGCCAGGAAUUGGAGGGUUCAUGGUCCGGCAGAGAAAAUGUCACACACGGAUGAGAAAGAGUCUGUCUGCAUCUGGUGAUUGUGUGUCUGAAGGACAGGCAACAGAGACAAAACUUGAAGAAGGCCCUCAUCCUGACAUGGAUCCACCUGAUGUUAAAGCAGCAGAGGGAGAUGGUGAACUUGCCAAAAAACGUAGAGGGAGAAAGAAAAGCAAAUUGGAAGACAUGUUUCCUGCAUACCUGCAGGAAGCUUUUUUUGGAAAGGCGUUGCUUGACCUGAGUAAAAGGGCUUUUCUGGCUCCUCCAGCCCAGAGACAUUCUCAGGGCAUGACAAGACCAUCAUUACCUGCUCCUGGCUGUAGACCUACGGCUUCAGAAUCAGUAGAGAUUGAAAACCGAGCACCUGAAGCAACCGUGCAGCUUAAGCGAGAGGCUGAUGGCUUAAAGCCUCAAGUAGAGAUAAAAUUAAUUGCAGGAGCAGGUGAGCAACCCUCUGUCAGCAAUCAGAGUUUAGGUGACACCCCUGGUUCAAACAUACAGAAAAAUGGAGGUCUUCCACAGGGGACAGAAAAGCAGGACUCUGAGCAGUUCUUCCGUAAGGUACUUGGACCCUCAGAAGGGGGCACUCUAAGUGAGACUAUUCAAACUAGUAUGAGGCCUGUCCUAGAAGGGGAGAGUAAUCGCAGUGGUUUGCCCCUAAGAAAUGUUCCUGGUGCUUCCACAUCUAGCUCAUUGCCCUCAGCUAGUAUGAUGGAGCCUUUUCAAGGACUUUCCCAAUCCCCUUUUUUUGAUCCACUUGAUCGUGGUGGAAUUUUCAGUCCCGAACAGGAUGAGGAAAGCCCUUGGGCAACACCUUCCACUCCAGCCACUCCCACUACUCCUCCAACUCCUACUGAACAGGAGGGAGAUGGUCUGUCAUACAAUCAGCGAAGUUUACAGCGCUGGGAAAAAGAUGAAGAACUUGGAAAUCUAUCCACAAUUUCCCCUGUACUCUAUGCUAACAUCAAUUUCCCUAAUCUCAAGCAAGACUACCCUGAUUGGGCAAGCCGCUGCAAGCAGAUAAUGAAGAUUUGGAGGAAAGUAUCGGCUCCUGACAAGGUUCCCUUUUUGCAAAAGGCCAAAGAUAACAGGGCAGCUCAGAGAAUCAGCAAGGCGCAGAAGCAAGCAGAGAGUCAGGUGUUGAGGCCUGUUAAAACUGAGCCAGUACGGAUAAAAGGGGAGCGCCCCAGUCUGCACCUUCAAAUUCCGCCACCCUCUGGCUCUCUUUCCACUCCUUCUCAGCCUAGCUCUGCUGAAAGUGCAUUUCCAUUUACCCCAGAUACUGCAUCCUCAGUGUUUUCUCCAGAUGGAUCUCUGAAGGCCUCAGGUUCAACAGACAUUCAUACCGACUCCUUUCCCAAGCCUCCAUCUCAGUCCCCGCAUGCUCAAUCUCAGCCAUCAACUCCUUAUUCACAGCCCUCCUUUAGCCCUCUGCAGGCCUCCUCAGGUUACCCUUUACCUGGCCCACAGGGUGCUCCUCAGGGACGGCUGACCAGUCUUGGUUCCCAUGAUAUGCAGCCAGGAAUGCCUCGCAAAGCUCAACAGGUUGACCCAUUCUUUAAACCUCAGCAGCAGAUUCUUCCACCCCAACCCCAACAGGCAUCUCAGGAACCUGUUGGCCUACCUGAGAGUCCUCGACCAAAAGCAGUUGGGAUUGGAGACCCUCCUUUGUUCUCCCCACCCCACACAACUCACCUUGGAGACCCAAUACGUGGCCGACAAGAGUACACUUCAUCUUCAUCCCCCUCUACUGUUGCUUCUUCACCAGGAGGAAUGCUGCAAAACAGGGCAGACAUGAGUGCUCCAUCUCCACGUGCCUCUACUGGCCUAGGCACAAAUUCCCCUGCAGGGAUUGGGGACUCUGGAGAUGGCCUGUUCAAAGCUCCUUUGACACCACGCAUGCAUCAGGGUGAUGCUGGGACCUCAUCUACUCCACUUCCCCCUAGUCUAUCUCCUAAUCAUCCACCUGAGAGCUAUCGCCAGUCUCCAUCUGCUUUUUCUGAUUCCUGUGUCCAGUCUCCUCUUACACCCCGGCCUCAGUCAGGAGAUGGUUCAUCCCCCUUGCUUCAGAGACUGCCUAUACCCCAACAAGAAUCUUAUCCAAAAGUUGCCUCUAGCCCUCAGUCACAGGGUAGUUCUCCUCUUACUCCAGGAGCACUCUCUAAUGAUGGACUCUCUGUGCAGUCACCAGCUACCCCACUCUUUCAGUCUCCAGACCCCCACUCACGGCCACCCUCACGGCCUCAGUCCAGAGACCCUUUCACCUCGCUGCACAAACCUCCUCGCCCAACCUCAGCAGUCACAGAGGCUCCCUUUAGAGGAUCACCUCAUUCCAACCAGCAGCCUCCUUGUUCACCAUCAGUAGGAGAUCCACUAAGUGGAAAACCACCUGGACCACCUGGUUUUAGUCGCAGCCCCAGCAUGGAUACCCUUCAGAUUAGCCAGCCACAAGCAGUGGGCUCAAAACAAGUGAUAACUUCGCAGCAAGCUCAGGUUCAACUCCAGCAAUCAUCUAUGCCACCAACCAUGGCUGCUGAUUUAAACGAGAAGGCACAGCUACCAGCUGGAAAUCAAGAUGCACAUCAUCUCUCAGUCAUACCAAGCACCCAAGAGCUGCCUGACCUUUCAGCUGGACAGGACCAGUCACUUAUUGGCCUUAGUCCAUCAGAGCUUGAAAAACAUAGACAGAAACAGAGACUUAGAGAAUUUUUGAUCAGACAGAAAAUGCAAAGGAACUCGCUUCGGCAAGAUAAGGAGGGAAAUGCACCCAUUAAUAAUGCUCCAAAUUGGCAAGAAAGUGAAAUGGUUGUUUUUCAACAAGAUAAAUCCCAGCGAGCACCACCUCCUUAUCCACAGGACAGAGCAGCUGUUGCUCAAGUUGCCAUCCCUGGCAAGCUACCUCCACCUAUGGGAACAGUAGAUGAGAAGCUGUGCCGCCCUCAUCCUCCUCCUCCUGGAACACCUGGUGUCAUUGAGACUAAUGUGCUAAGGCAACCUGGCGCUAAUGUUUCCCAGGGGAUGUAUCCUCGUCCACCAUUUCCUACACAGUGGCAAGGUCAGGCUGCUGGUCCACGGAGGUUCCCACCGCCAUCCAUGAUGGAAAUUGGACCCAGGCACCACCUUAGUGCUCCUUUAAACAACCCUCUUAGUAUGCAAGGGAUGCAAGGCAUGCCUAAUCCUCUUGCUGUGUCACAAGGCACUGGGCCCGAGGCGAUGCAACACUCCGUGUCUGGACCUCCACCACAGUUCAUAGAAUUAAAACAUAAUGCCCAGAGGCUACCAAUUGGACCCCAGUUUUUGGCAAGGGCACCUCAGCCCGGACAACGCCUAUUUAUGCAACAGCAGGAUUUGCCUCCUGGAUUUGUCCCAGCAUCCUUACCACCUUCUUUUGCUGCUCAGGGAGAAGGUGGGCAAGGUCCCAGACAUGGGUUGCCACAAGCUAACUUGGGCCAAUUAAUGACACAGCAGGGCAAUAUUCCUUUGUCUCAACCCCAACUACAGUCACAGGAGGUCCCAUCGACCCAUUCAAACACACCUGUCUCCCACUCAACUAUUCAGCAGCAGAGUUCUCAAAACAAUGCUUCGGGAAAACAACAGCCUGCGGAAGAAACUGUCGACUUACCAGAGGCUGACCUUGAGGAUGCUUUUGCAGCCAAAGACCUUGGAGAAGCAGGGGCAGAAGCUGGAGUAGAGGACGAGGAUGAUCUUGCACUCGACUUGGAUCCUGAUAAAGGUGAUGAUGAUUUGGGGAACCUUGACAACCUUGAAACAAAUGAUCCCCAUUUGGAUGAUCUGCUUAACAGUGAUGAGUUUGACCUGCUUGCAUACACUGACCCUGAGCUUGAUCAAGGUGACCCCAAGGACGUUUUUUCUGACCAGUUACGGCUUGUUGAAGCAGAAGGUGAGGGUUCAGGUGCUAAGGUGGAAGAGAAACCUAAAGUUGGUAUAACUGCCAAGGAGUCACUCACAGCUUCCACACAGCUACCUUUAAAGACUGAGGCUUCCGCAGCCUCCAAUGUUUCUCUUCCUCCCAAGGCAGAGUCCUCAGAUACCAGUGAACUUGCUACAGUAAAACUCGAAGAGAAAAACUCAAUUGGUCCUCAGCAGUCAGUACAGGCUGUGGUUAAAGAUGAGAUGGGUGAAGCUGUCUCUUUGCUUCUUAGUGGAACACCGUCCAAGAUCUCAACUCAGCAAGAGAAUUCAUCUGCCUCACUAAGCACUGUCCGCUUAGGUGGCGUUCCAUUUCCUCCUCCCACCCAAGCUAGUACUCUGACAUUUCCUCCAUCUACACCACAUCCAGACCUUCCUGAAGAUCCACUUGGUCUCCCAGAUGGUGGUGGCCAGCACUCACCUGCAGUUGAUCUUGACAAAGUAGAAAGCUCACUGGAGGCAAGUGAACUGCCUCUAUUGAUUCAGGAUCUACUGGAGCAUGAAAAGAAAGAGCUUCAGAAACAGCAACAACAGCAGCAAUUGAAUGCUUUACAAGGGGGGUUGAGUAGUCAUCUUCAUAAUAUUCAGAAUCAGCAACAACCUUCUGGGGGACCAGGCCAGAUCUUACUACCCCAUCAUCGUCCGCCUCUUGUGAGUCAACCGGGAAUGGUGCAAAGGCCUCCACACAUGCUAACUCCGCAGCAGCAGAGGAUGGUUAGUGCACCUAUGCCUCCACCUGCUCAUGUGGCAGUGGUGCAACCACAAGCCAUGAUAAGAGCUGGACAGCCAAGCAGCAUUCACCCAGCUCUCGAUCCACAGCAGCAAGCAGCACCAUCUCAACCCCAUUCAAAACAAACUGUCCCUACCAACUUCUUCCCAGAUAAAGAUCUGGAUAAAUUUGUGACUGAUGACAUAAUGGACCCUAUUGCCAAAGCAAAGAUGGUGGCUUUAAAAGGCAUCAAGAGGGUGUUGACUCAGGACCCUAUGAAUGUACCUUCUGGUAUCAAUAGGCAACAGGUAUCCCUUUUGGCCCAGAGGUUGGCUUCAGCACCGGGAAGCAUAGACGCUCAGUCCCACAUUGGUUCUGGAUCAUCUAAGGAAGGGGACAGCAGUGAUAAGGCUCAGCCACGACCUAAUCCUCCACAGUUUGUCCAAGGCAUCAUCAAUGAUGCUGAACAGCACCAAUAUGAAGAGUGGCUUGUACACACCCAGCAGCUGCUACAGAUGCAGCUAAAAUUUUUGGAGGAACAGAUAGGAGCACAUCGCAAAUCCCGCAAAGCACUUUGUGCUAAGCAACGUACGGCUAAGAAAGCAGGACGUGAAUUUGCAGAAGCAGAUGCUGAAAAGCUGAAACUGGUCACUGAAGAGCAAAGUAAAAUCCAGAAACAGUUGGAUCAGGUACGUAAGCAACAGAAGGAGCACACCAAUCUUAUUGCUGAAUACAGAAGUAAGCAGCAGCAACAUCAGCAAGGUUCCUCCAUGCUAGCACCUGGUCCCUCUAACCAGGGACCCCACAUGCUUUCUAAGAUGCCAGGACAGAUGAUAAUGGGUCAACAAGGGGGGCCGAUGAUGGGUCAAGUACCUGGAGGCAUUCCUCAAGGGGGAAUGCCAGUUAGAAUGCCACAAGUGCAUCCAUUUACAGCAGGCCAAACUCCACACCCUGGGGCACUUGGCACUGGGCCACCUGGUGGAUUUUUUCCACAAGGGACUGGUACACAAGCACCAGAUCCAAGGCUUCUUCAGGAAAGGCAGAUGCAACAAAGGAUGCAGAUGGUUCAAAAACUGCAACAGCAGUUUAUUAUGGGACAGCAACCUGUGACACAUCAAAGCCAACAGUCUGGUGUUAUGAAUCAGCAGGCUGGACCUAUAGGUGGUCAGACACCUCAAGCAUUGAUGAGCAAUGCAUUAAUGGGGCAGCAGCAACCAAACUUACAACCGGGAUUAAUAUCUAACCAGCAACAUCAACAAGGCCUUAUGCAGGUUCCUCAGGGCAUGAUGGGAAACCAGGCAGUUGGGCAGGCACAAUCAAAUAUCAUGGCUCAGCCAAUGACUCUGAAUCAAAAUAUCAUGUCAGGUCAACAAGGCAUGGCUGGAAAUCAACCAGUGCAGCAGCUGCAGAGACCUCAGGGUUUGAUGGGCCAACAAGUUUCCAGUGAACCACAGCAUGUGCUUAGAGGGCCACAGGCCCAGCGUACUGCUCAGCAGCAGAGUGUUCUGGCACAGCGUAUGCUUCUUUCACAGCAGCAGCAGAAUACAGCAAAGAAUCUUGCACAGCUCCAACAGCAGCAAAUACCACAGCAGAGACAACUGACACAAAUGGGUGCAUCAGAACAACAAGGGACAAUGGGAACACCCCCUUCAAGUGGCAUUCAAGGAAAUGUUGAUAAUUUGCAGCAGGGAGUUCCAGGCCUCUCUCAAGAAGUUCAAAACCCUGUGCCUAAAGAUGGUGGAAUCCUUAGCCCUAAACCUCCACCCCAGCAAGCUGGAUCCUCAACUCCAAUCCAGGGGGCAGUCGGUCAGCAGCCAGCAACCGCUGCUUACAUGGUUCCACAACAACCAACACAGCAGCAACCAGGACAAAAUGCUGGAUCAGCACAACAGCAUAGAUAUGUAAACAACCAGCAGACUGGGUUACAACCUCAAGAACAGAUGCAACUUGCUUUACAACGGCAAAACUCUCUUAAUACAGAACAAGUGAAACAGGAAGGUCAGCAGAUGUGCUAUGUUGCUCAGCAACUACAACAGGGAGGUCAAAAUGUUGAACAAAUUCAGGGCAUGCUAGCACAGCAGAGUGGCCAGAAUCAGGCUGUAAUAACUGGUAAUCCAAAUCAGCAACAAGAUGUAUUGGUCCAACAACAGCUAAAUAGAAGUCAACAAACAAUGAUGCCUCAGAGGUCAGGUGCACCUCCUGGGCAAAUACGAGCUCCUAUUAACAUUCAAGCCUUAAUUGCACAGAACCCUCAGUUAUGUCACCUACCUCCUAACCAGCAGUUACAGCAAAUUCAGGCAAUAAUUGCUCAGCGGCAGGCUCAACAGCAGGGUCAGAUGCUGAGAUUGCAGGGACAGACACAGGGCCAAAUUCGACCUCAAGGCCCACAACCUGUUGGACCAAGAAUGCCAGGACUUGAGGCACAGCAGCAGCAGCACCCCUAUGCAUUUGCUGCUAAGCAAGGUCCAGUUGGAUCUUCACAGCAGCAAGGAGUAUUAGGCCAGCCCUCUCUCAUGGCUCCACAGUUUCAGAAUGCAGGACCGUUGCAUCCUCAACAAACCUCACAAGGCGUCUCACCUCAAUACAAUACAACCACCCAACAGCAGCAGCAGAUGAUGCAGCAGCAGCAUCAAAUGAUCAGAGGCCAGGUACCUUUGGCACGAACAAUGAUUGGCCAGGUUCGCCCAACACCUCUAGGUCACAUGGCUAGACCAAUGUCUCCUCGUCAACUUAUGGGUCAGGGAUCACCUGGCAGCCCCCAUUCUGGUCAGCAAAGACCAAUCAUGGGCAUGCGCCAGACUCCACCAGGCCAAGGACAGUGUCUUGGCGUGAGAGCACUUAGCCCCUUUCAGGCUUCUCCUUCUCAUGUUGGUUCUCCUGCUGGCUCUACUGUUCAAGAAGCUGGCUCAAGUCCAGCAUCUUUUAAUAAACACGAUUUUGGUACUACUUCUCUCUCUAACCACCCAUCACCUGCAUCUAGAUCAGACUGUGGUGCUGGAAAAAAUAGUCCGUUUAGUAACAUUGGAGCGUCAGCAGCCUCACCAUUAAGAUCAUCUAUAGCUAAGGCCCCACAAGAAGUAUCAGGCCUCAAGUCUGAGCCUCAGGGUCCAGGUGCCCAAAAGCCAACAACUGCUAUUCCACUUAAUGGCCCAUCUCCUAAGUCAGCGUCAAACCUGCCACAGCCAUCAGUUUCAGCAGCUUUGGUUGAAGGUGAAGUGUCUAAUGAAAGGGAUCUGUGCAAGAUCGCACUGCAAAAUAUAAAACAGGAACCUCGAGAGAUUAAUUGUGACUCAGGAGAUAGUGCAGAGGCUUCUUCUGCAACUAUUAAGCGAGAAAUCACUGGUGACUCACUUAAUACCAGUAAUAUCUCAGGCCCUGGAAAUCUGCCCGGGGACACUAUGGGCCAAAUUCCCAGAACAGAGACAGGCCAACAACUUCUGCAGAAGCUCCUUCGAACCAAGAGUCUUCAGUUGCCAUCACAGAGGACAUCUGAUGGUAUCCACAAUGAAAUAAAUGGGCAUAUUAACAGUAAGCUUGCAAUGUUGGAGCAAAAGCUUCAGGAGACACCGCGUAACAUGGAGGAUCUCCAGUCAAUCACUAAAAGACCGCCUGUAACAAAAGCCAAGCGGACUACAAAGGCUGGAGAGCGGGGAGCAAAUGCUCGAAAAAAGAACAAAAAAGAUGAAGUUGGAAAAACAGAAGCAAUAAUGAAGCAGCUUAAACAAGGACUGUCUCUUCUUCCUUUGAUGGAGCCCUCCAUUACUGCUAGCCUGGAUUUGUUUGCUCCUUUUGGCAGCAGUCCAGCUAAUGGCAAAACACAGUUGAAGGGCUCUUUUGGAAAUGCAGUAAUAGACAAUAUUCCAGACUACUAUUCCCAGCUCCUUACUAAGAAUAACCUCAGCAAUCCGCCAACACCACCUUCAUCACUUCCCCCAACUCCACCUCCUUCAGUGCAACACAAACUUUUGAAUGGAGUGACUGCAGUAGAGGAACUAGCGGAAAGCCAGAAAGAGAGAGAGACUUCAGAGGACACCACAGACUCUGUUCCUGAAGAGGUGAAGAGUGUAGACAUACUAGCUGCGCUUCCCACUCCUCCACAUAAUCAGCACGAAGAUGUGAGGAUGGAGAGUGAUGACGACAGUGACAUUCCAGACACCAUUGUUCCUGCAUCAUCACCUGAGAGCCAGUUGGGGGAUGACACAUCACGCUUCCCUCUCCUAUUGGAGCUUAAAGAAGAGGAGGAAAAUAGAGCCAUUUCUCCUGUUAUUCCCAUGAUUCCACGCUCUGCUAUCCCCAGUUUUGCAGAAACUAAACCAUUUGAGGCAGUAGAGGGAAAGGCUGGUUCCUCAUCUGGUUCCUGGGACAAGGCAAAGAGCAAUGAAGUGUCUGUUACGUUCACCCUCUCAGCAGCUGCAGCCAAGAAUCUGAACUCUGUGAUGGUGGCAGUUGCCCAACUACUGCACAUGCGUAUGCCAGGGUCCUAUGAAGUGGCUUCCCCCCGGAGUCCUGGUAGAGCAGGUGGUGUUGGCCCUGGGAAAACACCUGACUCCUCCAAUCCAGGUCCUCUAUAUGUAAAGACUGAUCCAUCUGCAAACCAAGAUGCAGAAUGGCUUAAGCAGUUUGAUGUCACCUUGCCGGGCUGUACUCUAAAGAAGCAAGUCGACAUUUUGUCUCUGAUCAAACAGGAAUACACCGAGCAAGAGGAUCGACCAGCUCAGCACUGUUACAUGACCAACGUGUCAGACCUCGAUGUGCGCCAUCUUCCCAUUAUUCCUGUUGAGGUGUCUCCACCGCCUUCACCUCCACCACCACCAUCUGUCUGUGCUGAACCUGAACCUGAACCUGUCACUCAGUCUGACCCUCACGCUCAACAAGAACCUGAACCAGAGCCUCCUGCUCAGCUCAAGUCACCCUCCUGUUCUAGCCCCAUUGCUCCGAUUAAAACAGAGCCACCAAGUGAACCUUUGACAACAAAUCAGAGCUCUCCUGUUAAGACUGAGCCUGAGGAGGCCAUAUUAGCCCCUCCAAAUGCUCUACCUGAGGAGGCAGCAUCUGUUUCAGCCUCUGCCUCAGUAUCUCAGGAGUCUCUGAUUAUGGAGAGCUCCCCUAAACCCAUUAAACAGCGCAGGCCUUUCUCAGAGGAUGAAGAGGUACGUCCCAAAAUCAAGAAGUGGAAAGGUUUGCGCUGGAAGCGCCUUCAUUUGGUCAUCACCAUUCGCAAGGGCAGCUCCAAGAAGGAGAACAGUCGAGAGGUGUCAGAACUCAUGGAGCGCCUUCGUAUCACACUCAGACCAGACAAGCUGCCACGCGAUAAGCGCAAAUGCUGCUUUUGCCAUGAAGAAGGCGAUGGAGCUACUGAUGGUCCAGCUCGUCUUCUUAACAUUGAUGUAGAUCUGUGGGUGCAUCUCAACUGCGCCCUGUGGUCUACUGAGGUCUAUGAGACGCAGGGUGGUGCACUCAUCAAUGUAGAAGUGGCCCUUCGGCGUGGACUUCGCACGCGCUGCGCAUGCUGCCAGAAGACUGGUGCCACCAACAGCUGUAACCGUCUCCGCUGCCCUAACGUCUACCAUUUUGCCUGUGCCAUCCGAGCACGCUGUAUGUUUUUCAAGGACAAAACCAUGCUGUGCACCCAGCACAAGCUGAAAGGCCCCAGUGAGGAGGAGCUCAGCAGCUUUGCCGUCUUCCGAAGAGUCUACAUCGAGCGAGAUGAAGUAAAGCAGAUUGCCAGCAUCCUACAGCGUGGUGACCGCAUACACCUCUUCCGAGUUGGUGGGCUCAUCUUCCAUGCCGUGGGUCAGCUCCUGCCCUCUCAGAUGGCUGCUUUCCACUCGCCUACUGCUAUCUACCCUGCAGGUUAUGAGGCCACACGCAUCUACUGGAGCACCCGUGUGCCAAACCGACGUUGUCGCUAUCGGUGUCGCAUCAGUGAACAAGAUGGCCAACCCUUGUUUGAAGUGCGCGUGCUGGAGCAUGGUCAGGAAGAUCUACACUUCCGGGACAGUAGUCCAGAUGGCAUAUGGAACAACAUUGUGCAGAAAGUUGCCAAGUUGCGUGAAGAUGCAGCCAUGCUGAAGCUCUUUGCUGAUCAUGUAAAGGGGGAGGAAAUGUAUGGACUUACUGUCCAUGCAGUGUUGCGCAUAACUGAGUCGCUUCCAGGAGUGGAGAACUGUCAGAACUACACAUUCAGAUAUGGCCGCCAUCCACUCAUGGAACUUCCUCUUAUGAUUAAUCCUACUGGUUGUGCACGCUCUGAGCCCAAGAUUCUCACGCACUGCAAACGGCCCCAUACACUGAAUAGCACAAGUAUGUCCAAAGCCUACCAGAGCACGUUUACGGGGGAAAUCAACACACCCUACAGCAAGCAGUUUGUUCACUCCAAGUCCUCACAGUACAGGCGGUUGAAGACAGAAUGGAAGAACAAUGUGUACCUGGCUCGCUCCCGUAUCCAGGGACUGGGCUUGUAUGCAGCUAAAGACUUGGAAAAACACACUAUGGUCAUCGAGUACAUCGGUACCAUCAUUCGUAACGAGGUGGCAAAUCGUCGGGAAAAAAUCUAUGAAGAGCAGAAUCGUGGGAUCUACAUGUUCCGCAUUAAUAAUGAGCAUGUAAUAGAUGCCACCCUCACUGGCGGCCCUGCUCGCUACGUGAAUCAUUCCUGUGCACCUAACUGUGUUGCGGAAGUUGUGACGUUUGACAAAGAGGACAAGAUCAUCAUCAUUUCCAGCCGUAGAAUCCCCAAGGGUGAGGAGCUGACAUACGACUAUCAGUUUGACUUUGAGGACGAUCAACACAAGAUCCCUUGCCAUUGUGGAGCCUGGAAUUGCCGAAAGUGGAUGAACUAACGGGGAGAGAGAACGUGCAAGACAUGCCUUUGCUCCCUGGUGCCAGAACACUUCUGCGCCAAAGCCGCGUUUUAACAUUACUACCCAGAUCAUAAGCUGUUCUGAAACAAGAGGAGGGCAAACUUCUACUCUCCAUCAGCUGAAAGAAAAGACUUUUGUUAUUCACAUCAGGAGCCAAAGCUUUGAAGAGAGUAAAAUUUAAAGCUACAACUCAUUUUCUGAUGAGCUCAACUGUUUGCUUGAAUCUUCUUGUUGAAACUCGCCUCUGCCAAAAGCACCUCCUUCCUACUUCCUCUACUGUUCUUCUCCAAUAAGCUGGCUGGAAUCAAUCCUCUCUACAUCUACCAAAAUGUCUGAUUCUGUAUCAUAUCAAUACACUUAGGGUAGAACUCAGUGAAGAAAGUUUGAUUAAAGCCAUUCAAGUACUCAAAAUGAACUAAUACUUUAUUUUCGGACCUAUUUUUUGUUUUGUUUUUUUUGUCGUUUUUUUUUGUUUGUUUGUUUGUUUUUUUGUUUUUUUUCCUACCACCUUGUCACCCCAGAACAACACUCUCCCAUCAAGUCAGCAAUGAAGAUUGACAAAAUGGAUAUUGGCAAGACAAUCCUGGAGUGGCUCAGAUCAGAACUAUUUACCUAUUGUGAACAAGAUGUACGAUAAUAUAAAGUUUAAAUACUAUUUGACCUGUGGCUCAAAAAGGCACCAGAUGUUUUAUUAUAUUGAGUUUAAAGGUGGGUUUGGUUGACCCAGUCUACCUCAUUGAGUUUGUGGGAAGUGACUGCUUUGUAUUAAACUGUUAAGUGCUACUGUGGAAAGGGGAAGGGAGGAAUGUUUUCAUGGCAGUUGCCUUUCUUGGUUAAGCAGGGAAACUUAAGCAGCUGGUUUGCUCCUCUCUGUGUUGCUUAUUAUUUACAGUAGUGAGCCAUUGCAACUUAUCACAAUACACAACGACAGAGCCUCUAUGACAGUCUUUCAGCACGAUCAUGCAUUAUUCAGAGCAAUCAAAACCAAAUGGGUGUCUAAGUCUAUGAGGCCACCUAGUCUAAAUGACUGUAGUUUUCAUGUAGCCAUUUUCCUUCCUGUCUGCCUAAUUGCAUCUAGAAGUCAUGCUUUUUUUUCCCAUUUUCUUUCUUUUAUUUAUGCGCACAACCAAAUCCACUCUUACCCGGACAGAGUGAGUAACAGAAUGACCUUCAAGUGAAGCAGGGUGCUGUUUGAGUUCUUUUUUUUUUUUUUUUUUUUUUUUCUUCUUCUUUUUUUUUUUCUUUACAGAUGAUUAUGUUCAAUUCAUCAACCCUCAACUGACAAAGAUUGAUGCUUGAGGCUCUUGACUAACAAAUUGUAACUUAUGAUGCAAGACUACUAUUUUGUUUGCAAUGUUCUCCAAUUUAAUUCUAAAUACCCCUUGUUUUAUAGAUUUCCAUCUUAUCACUCCAAGCAACUCUUCAUAUAUCUCAUUCUCUUUGUAAUACUUAGUGGACUGUUGUAAACUUACUGUAGUGAGCCUUUCUCUGCCUGAGCAUGGGCAGGCUGUAUAAUAACCUGUAAUGUGGUGUGAGAACUGUUGGCACUGUCUUCUUGAGGCUGAAGUGAAGGCUGAGAAAGACUUUAAAAGGGCAUUUGUUUUUCAUUCAUAUUAAAGUAAUUUAAAAAACAGUUACAAAAAAUAGUUAAUCUUCAGAGAAGGGAGCUGAACAAAGUCUCCACAAACUGCAUAUAACUUUGUUACUUCCUCCCCAGAUGUAUGACCUCAUAUUAAAAAGUAAUGCAACUUGUACAAACUGUAUAUAUUGGGGGGCAAAAGCUGUUUAUCCUACCCCUUUUUAAUUAAUAAAAUCAAAAUUCUAGAGAAAUAAAAUUGAUGGAAUAAGAGAAACCACUGGAUAUCAUUUUAUCAGAAAGAUUAAAUGUGUAUAUAUCUAUAAAUAUAUGUAAAAUGGAAAAACGAAGUAAUAUCUUGAUAUGUAUAUGACUCAGAGUGUUUUUUUGCAUUUACCUGUUUUUCUAUUAGCAUUUUUUGCUAUAAGACCGUAUACAGACAUAUACAAAAUAGUGAUGGUUAUCAUGUGUUCACCAAUGAUCUGGAUGAGUGUUUGAGGUGAAUGAGAAAUCUGAGACGGAAUUCAUGUUUGAUAUUAAUCCUGAUACUUCAUCAUGCAAAUAGAUCAUGUUUGGAAGAUGAUUGGUAGAAUGGUGCGUAGCGUACGUGUAUUUAUGUAAUAUUGUUCACAUAGAUUUCUUCUUUUAAUAUUAUUUAUGCUACUGCUUGUGAAAUACUGAAACUGGUCCUUGAAUUGGUAAUUGGUUACCAGUGGGUUUUUUUUUUCUUUUCUUUUCUUCUUUUUUUUUUUUAAUGAAAAGGUUCCUGAUAUGAUGCUGUUUAAGAAAUUAUGAGUGUCACAUUUUCCCUCCCUGUAGAAGUGAAUAUGUUUAUAUAACUUGUGAAAUGGCAGUAUAGGCCUUGUAUGGUUUGAUUUCCAUAUUCAGUGAUUAAUCCCCAAACUUCUCAAAGACAAAAGUUCACACCAGUCGUGCUCACGCUUCUUCUGAAGUGUAAUAGCAGACUUGGGGAACCUUAUUUGUUGUGUGUAUUUUGUCAUUUUAAAUUUCGCAGACGCUCACUGGAUUUUAGUAGAACCCCAACCUUCCAAUUUGUUAUAUUUUAAUUUAAGGCCUCCCUGCAUAUCAUUUAAUUUAAUUAAAAAUACAUUGCUGUUUUUUUUUUUAAGCCCAGCCUACUUUUUAAAAAAAGAUGCUGCAUCUGUACAGCAGAGCUACUUUGAGGAAGAUAAACAUUUUUAUUGUAUGUGGCAUGUUUUGUAUGGAUAUAAUUUUGAAUUGUACAUAUUUUUUUGAUGAUGACAGAGGUUGCAUCACUUUAUAUACAGCUGCCCCUUACCCUUCCCUCUUCUGUUUUCUUUGUCUUUGCUUUAUUUCUUGUAAAGAAAAAUAAAAUGCAUUUUAAAUACA